UGAAAAAGAAGUUUCACUGAACUCAUAAUAUUACUCACUCUUUUUAGAAGAGAGAAAACUCUCCUUGAACUUUUAACUCAAGUUAAUUUAUCAAUAAAGAAAAUGAUCCAGCUCAUCUCAUCAAAUCUGGCAGGGAAAAAAACAGAGUGAGACCUCUCGCUCUUCUACCUCUCCCGCCUAUCACGGUUCUAACUUGAAAGCAGAGUAGAGCAUGCCGGGACAUGUAGUGCUACUCGUACCCAGUUAGCAUGGCGCACAACGAUCGUUUUAAAUCGGCGGAAACAAAAACAAAACAUCUCAAACACAACUCGACAUUUUCUUCUUUGUUUCCUUCGCGAGUCUUUCUCUCAACUCGCGUCGACCCGAAACUGCAUCUCUCCGCCGGAAGCGGAGGCUUGUGGGUGUUGUAGGAAAGUCGUGGAAUUCCCCGCAGGGGGGUGGGAAACUACAAGCCCCAGCCUCCACCGGAGCCUGGCUGCACUCCUGUUGAUGGCGUCUGGUCGCGGGUUGGACGCAGGCCGCCUCCCGACGAACUGAUCCCGGGGAACAUCACGGUGAGCGCCGGUUUGUUUUGACUCCGGGCGUCUCGAUGGAGGUGCGGACCGCCAGGAUGGAGCUGGAGGAUGAGCCGCGUCUGAUCCUGCGGAGGUUCGAAGCCGCCGUGAGAGUGAUCAAGAGUUUACCCCCGGAUGGUCCCUUCCAGCCGUCUAAUGACAUGAUGCUGAAGUUCUACAGUUAUUAUAAACAAGCAACCGUGGGCGUGUGCAGUACACCCCGGCCUGGCUUCUGGGACGCGGUUGGCAAAGCAAAAUGGGACGCUUGGGAUUCUCUUGGAAAUAUGUCAAAAGAAGAAGCAAUGGUCGCCUAUGUCGAUGAAAUGAAACUGAUCCUGGAGGGCAUGCCCAUGACAGACGAGGUGGAGGAGCUCCUCCGUGUCCUCGGUCCGUUCUACGAGCUGGUUGAAGAGAAGAAAAAGAUCACGCAGAUUUCAGACCUGAGCACAGGGAUUGGUACGAUGCUGAAUUCAAUGCCAUCGAAGAGCUUCGCAAAGAGCAUCGUCAGAACCAUGGAAAUGAACGGCACUCUGGAGACUCGGCCUGCCAGGCUCAAACCAAAGCAGGUGAAGGAAAGGGCCGAGGAAGAAGCACAGGAGGAGGAUGAUGAUGAUGAGGAGGAUGAUGAUGAUGAUGAUGACGACGAUGAUGAUGAGGAGGAGGAGGAGGAAGGAAUAAGGGAGGUUAGAAAAGAUUUUAUUUCAGACAAAAAUCCAGCAGCUUCUCAGCCAAAGAAGAAGAGUUCAGCCAGGAGACACAAGGCGCCGCUGUCAAAUGGUAAAGUGGCGAACGGAGUCGCCCAUCUGACCAAUGGGAGUCAUCCCAAGGUCGCUCUGAACGGUGUCCACUCCCCAGGGGCUCCAGCCAGCGAGCCCCUGCUCAACGGUCACCAUGCAGAUCCCAGAGCCGACGUGUCUGGUCCCCAUCACGUGGCCAGUGACUCAGACAGUGAAGUCUACUGCGACUCUGUGGAUCAGUUUGGCCAAGAAGAGAACCCCGACCAUAACCACUCUCUGGAUGACCUGGAUCAAGAGGAGACACAUGCGCUGCAGCCGCUGGAGGCAGCACAGGGAGUCCAGGAGGAUGCUCAGGGACCACCAAAGGCCAUCAGAUGUGGAGGAGAGGACGGAGAACCCGGUGGGACGAUGUCACAGGGACAGAAACUGGAUUCAGACAUGUCAGACAGUUCAGUGGUCAGAGGAGGACAGGGCUCCCGGACUCCACGCCGCAGCUCUGGAGCUCUGAUGCCCACGCACAGUGGUGGAGAUGGGGACCGGGGCCGCUGGGGAGGAGCAGGAACACCUGGAGUGAACCUGAAUGAGCAGAUCGUCGUGGCGCUGGCCAGACUGCAGGAGGACAUGCAGAGCGUCCUGGAGAGGCUCCACACGCUGGAGGCUCUAUCUGCCAGUCAGGCGCGAUCAGUGGCUCUGUCUCCAAUUUACCCAUCAUCCCCAGUGAACAAGAGGAGUCAGAAGCCAUCCUGGUGGCCUUUUGACAUUUCUCCAACCAGUUUGGCCUUCGCUGUGAUUUGGCCGUUUGUGGUGCAGUGGCUCAUCCGCCUCUUCCUGCAGAGGAGGAGAAGACGAAUCAACUGAAGCUGCCUCCAUGGAAACCGCCCGCCCCCCCUCCCCCCCCUGCUUCGACCCACAGCACAGUAAUUUGCUUUUGCACUAUGAAGAAUGCACCUAGAGUAACGAGUGGGAGGAAGAUGUCUCUCGAGUGAGUUGCACUGUGGAAGUGGAAGAGAAUGAAACGUGAAUGUGCGGCCUCUGAGCCUUUGAUCAUACAACCUGACGCCACUCGUACUAGAAUCUCUUUCUCUGUAAGUAAAAGAAACGGUUUGUGUCGCGAGGGACGAUGUCACAGUCGGGAUAUUGUCUGCGAGUCCAGACACCAACUGCAGCAGCUUCUCCGUUAUUCCCGUAACUCAAGGCUUUGCUGCACAAAGAGAGGCCUGAUACUUUGUGCUGUUGUGAGCAUAGCGCUUGGUGUGGUGAAAUACGUUUUAACUGUUCACUUUUAUUAGUUGCCCAGGAAAUGCUGCUAUAAUAUAACUGUAGUUUAGAAGGGAGGAUUGAAUGUAAUAAUAUAUUGAUGUGUGAGAUUCUUUUUAAUUGUGAGAAUAAGUUAUUUAUUGCCUCUAGACAAAUGAUAGAAGAAGAGAAGGCGUCGCUGGCCAGAUUCCAGCCGCGUGGGUUUAUGUUUAAAGUGAACGCUACAUGUGGUUUUCAUCACCCGUCCUUCAGCAUAUCAAUCUGUUUCCAAAUAGAAAAAGUGCCUCAACAUCACAGGUACAUUCAUCGGUGGCAUUAUGAUUUUAGACAUUCUCAUAUUGUCUGUUUGUAUUUCCGGACCAAAUUAACUUUAAUCAAACUACCUAGUGAGCCCUGAGCCCAGAUAUCUGAUUAUUAACACUUGUCACUGUCCGUGUUGUUCAUGCCGCCAUGUUCUGUCUGUUGUCUAAUUUAAAUGUGUGAUGUGUUUGUAUGAAUAUUGUGGAAAGAUUUAUUGAGUUGAAGCAAAGCAUUAAGAUCUGUACAAAUUGUAUACUAUAGCUGUACAGUUAAAAUGAUUCAAAUGCAAUAUUUUGAUUGCAUCCCUGUGUAUUAUUAACAUAGAAUAUAAUAUCAUAUUUACAAAGGUUUGAAUCUGCAGCAGCAUCAGUCUGCAGAGCCUCUGUGUUUUAAUAAAAGUAAUAGUUUAACUUUCUACUGAAAUGUGCGAAGGCUUCCUCACCCUCUCUGCCUGUGGAUAGAGCGGUGUCUGCAUGUGAUCAUCUAACAAGCCUAAAAUAAAGUUUUCAUAAAGUGUU